CAAGACAUGAAUCUCAAAUGUGUUUUUUGAUGAUAGGUUGUGUUCCAAUUAACAACCAGCUCAUUUUCAAUAUCCACAUGUCAUUUCAUUCCUUAACCAAACAACUUUUCUUCCUCUUUUUCUUCUUCAAAACAAAUCAAUUAGUUAUUACAUUCUUUUGACCAUGAAGCUCAAACAUCAUUCUUAUUAGCUCUUACAUAGAUUGCCUCAAAAGUUACAAGGAUUGAUGCCAUUUCUAACUUUAAGGUUUGUUUUAUUAUCAUUAUCAUUGUCAUUGUCACAUACAUGUUCCCAUGUUUUUAUUUCUUUGUUUUUCUCUUUUUAUUAAUAAAUUCAUAGUUUGUUAAGGUAUCAACAUAAUUAGUAUUUCUUUCUCCAUAACGUGGAUACCAUGAAUUUGUUUGAGUCAUGUUAUGUUAAAAUCAUCAUUCUCAUAUUGUUUUGCCACAACAAUACAUGUAUCAUCUCUCCAUAACCAAUUUUCAUCCAGAAAUUCUCUUAAAGGGUGUCAUUGUGGUGCAAACUCAUAGUGUCAAAGCCUCUCAAGAUGCCUGAUUUUCCCAAGAUGGAUCACAAUACAUCCGAAGAACGUUUUGACAAACGUUAUAAUACGCGUAGUUGUCCAAAUUCAGGAAAUACUUCACCAACUCAUAACAAAAAGUUGAAUCAAGAAAAAGAUGGUUACACAAAUGAAUAUUCUGCAAAUGAAGCUACUAGACCUAUGGAGCAAGGUUCUAAAACUGAUGCAAAAUUCGCAAAUAAAACGAAACCGCAGAAUCUAAGUCCUCCGAACAAAAACAUGUCUGAUGCUUUUUCGAGACAAAGUCCAAAGGCAUCAAGGAUGCCUUCAAAUUCUGAACCUGCGACUUCGUUACUAACAGGAGUUUCAAAGGGUAUGUCUAAUCAUACAAAGAAUAAUAGUCAAAGCGGCCUGCCCGGAAGUGGAACUAGCUCGCGAAGCGACAGUUUAGAGAGCACAAGUUCAAACAUUAGGCCACAUACUGGUGGUGAUGUGAGAUGGGAUGCAGUUAACAUGGUUUUGAAAAACGGUCCUUUGAAUCUGAGCCAUUUUCGGCUUCUUAAGCGUAUCGGUUACGGAGACAUUGGAAGUGUUUAUCUUGUUGAACUUAAAGGAACUGAUGCUCAUUUUGCUAUGAAAGUAAUGGACAAGGCUGCUCUUAUAAGUAGAAACAAGCUUCUUAGAUCACAAACUGAAAGGGAGAUUCUUGGACUUCUUGAUCACCCUUUUUUGCCUACUUUGUAUUCUUACUUUGAAACUGAUAAGUUUUACUGUCUCGUUAUGGAGUACUGUAGUGGUGGCGAUCUUCAUUCGCUUCGACAGAAACAGCCAAAUAAGUGUUUCACCGAAGAAGCUGCAAGGUUUUAUGCUUCAGAAGUUUUGUUAGCUCUUGAGUACCUGCACAUGCUCGGCAUUGUAUACCGAGACUUAAAGCCGGAGAAUCUGUUAGUUAGAGACGAAGGUCACAUCAUGCUCUCCGAUUUCGACUUAUCGCUCCGCUGCUCCGUCAGUCCAACACUCGUCAAAUCAUCCUCCACCCACGCAGGAAACGGAAGCGGAAGCGAUUCUGGAGGCAUAUUCAACGACGACCAAGCAGUGCAAGGCACUACUCAGCCAUCAUCGAGCUUCUUCCCUCGAAUCUUGCCUUCGAAGAAAAAUCGUAAGGCAAAAUCCGACUUCGGCCUAUUAGCCAACGGAAACCGCCUCCCCGAACUAAUGGCGGAACCAACCAACGUGAGAUCAAUGUCAUUCGUAGGAACACACGAGUAUCUCGCGCCCGAAAUCAUCAAAGGCGAAGGACACGGCAGUGCGGUAGAUUGGUGGACAUUCGGAAUCUUCUUGUACGAAUUGUUGCACGGCGCAACGCCUUUCAAAGGCUCAGGAUACAAAGCAACACUCUUCAAUGUUGUUGGUCAGCCAUUAAGGUUUCCGGAUAAUCCUCAAAUAAGUCAAGUGGCUAAGGAUCUUAUCAGAGGGUUGCUGAUAAAAGAACCUCAGAAGAGAAUUGCAUAUAAAAGAGGAGCAACAGAAAUAAAACAGCAUCCAUUUUUUGAAGGAGUGAAUUGGGCACUAGUUAGAAGUGCAAUGCCACCACAUAUACCAGAUGUUAUAGACUUUUCAAAGUAUGCUAGAAAGGAAACAGCAACACCACCAGUUGAUAAGAAGUUGCCAGAAGUUGCUAGUGAUAAAAAAUGCAAAGAUACAACUGAUAAUUCUUAUGUAGAUUUUGAGUAUUUUUAG